AAUUAUUCAUGGCCUAAUAAUCAGCAGAAUUCUCAAAAAAAGUUGAUGAGUCUCAUAAGGGUUAAGAUGAAGAUAAAGAUAAACCUUAAGAAACAAAUCAAUAGAAUGAAGAGAAAAAUGAAGCAUAAAAGUCAGAAAACAAAGCUCCAAGUUUAUUUGGAUCAAUGAUAAAUGGAUAAAAUCUAUUCAAUAAUAAUUCAACAACUUCAAUUUUCUAAGGAGGUUUAUUUGGAUCAUCUUAACCAACAACUGGACUUUUUAGUUCUGGUCCUUCUAUUUUAAAUGCUGUUAAUGUAGAUCUUACAAAACCUGGACCAUCAUUAUUUGGAAUUAGUUAUAAGGCUUAAAAAUCUGAUGAUAGUGAUCCUGGAGAUGAUGAUGGUAUUUAAAAUAUCUAUUUAAUAGGAUAAGAAGAAUAAAAGCCAGAAGAUGAUGAACCAAAAUAAAUAGUAAUGAAAUAUGAUUAUACUUCAAACACAGAAUAAUUAGUCAAAGUAUAUUUUUGUUUUUAUAUAAAGGUAAAUGUCGAAAAGUUUAGAAAAAACACAAAUGACAUCUUAGAGAAAGGAUCUGUUGCAAUUGAAAAAUCUAAAACUGGAGAUGCUUAUUACAUUGUAUAUAGGUAUUUUAUUAAUCACAUAUCUAGAAAUGCAAUAUAAUAAUCAUUAUACACAGGACAAUUAGUCAAAGGAUUUUCAUCAAUUAAACCUUUAGGAUAGAAGGCAGAAAAUUUAAUUAUUAAAGCUCUCAGCAGAAAAGAAAAAUAAGACAGCAAAUCAGAAGAAAAAGGCGAAAAUGAUGAGAAAAAUUCCUUAUCUAUUGAUACAUUAAAAGUUAUGUUCACUACAAAAGAAGGAUCAGAAGAGUUUAAGACAGAGUUUGCAAAAAUAUUUUAAUGAUAUUACAUGUAAAAUGAAUUUUUAGGAUCAUGUUAUAUGGUUAACAGAA